GAAUACCUACCUGAAUUAAGAAAAGCAUCUUUCUUUCUGAUUCGGGAUUAUAUUUUAUAUUUUCUCUUCUCCUUGAAGUUUUCUGACACCUAGCUAGCUAUUCCUCACUCUACUAAUUUCGUAUGACUCACUACAUUUAGCGCAUGCAGCUGCUUUCUUGAUCGAUCGAGAUUCCAUCGCGCGUAUAUUCAAGCUAAGAGUGAGAUCCAAAAAAAAGCUAAGAGGGGCUUUAAUUUGGGAUUAAAGAUCGCAAUGGGUAAAGCAGCAGCAGCGGCAGAAGGAUUGUUGUUGAUUUUGGUGAUGACGGCGGCGGCGGCGGCGGCAUGGAAGGGGGGGAGCGUGGGAGUGAACUGGGGGACCAUGUCCUCGCACCAGCUGCCGCCGCGCAGUGUGGUGAAGGCCCUGAAAGACAACGGGUUCGACAGGGUGAAGGUGUUCGAGGCGGAGCCGCAGAUCCUGGACGCGCUCGCCGGCUCUGACAUUGAAGUCAUGCUCGCCCUCCCCAAUUUCAUGCUGCAGGAGAUGAGCCAACACCCCGCUGCGGCCGCUGCUUGGGUCGACGCCAAUGUCACCGCCUACUGCCCUGCAGUCAACAUCAGGUUCGUUGCAGUCGGAAAUGAGCCCUUCCUCAAGACUUACAACGCCUCUUUUCUCGCCGACACCUUGCCUGCUUUGAAAAACAUUCAGCACGCCCUCAACCAGGCUGGCCUAGGCGCCGACGUCAAGGCCACCGUUCCCUUCAAUGCUGACAUUUACUUCUCCCCCGACUCCAACCCCGUCCCUUCCGCCGGAGAUUUCAGGCCCGAAAUUCGCGACCUCACCAUCCAGAUCAUCCAGUUCCUCACCUCAAACGCCGCUCCUUUCGUCGUUAACAUCUACCCUUUCCUCAGCCUCUACAGCAACCCCUACUUCCCUUUUGACUUCGCCUUCUUUGAUGGAUCAACCAAGCCUCUCAGGGAUGGCACUGCUGUGUACACCAAUGUCUUCGACGCCAAUCUCGACACUCUCAUCUGGGCGCUCAGGAAAGCCGGAUACCCCAACAUGAAGGUCAUGAUCGGGGAGGUCGGGUGGCCCACGGACGGGGACAAAAGUGCUAAUGCUCAGAACGCACGGCGCUUCAACCAGGGGCUCAUCCAGCACGCUUUGAGCGGGGAGGGGACGCCGAUCAGGAAGGGCCGGAUUGAUUUCUACCUCUUCAGCCUCAUUGAUGAGAACGCAAAGAGCAUUGCCCCCGGGAGCUUCGAGAGGCACUGGGGGAUUUUCGAGUUCGACGGGAAGCCGAAAUACGAACUGGAUUUGUCGGGGAAGAAGGAAAACAAAGGGCUUGUCGCAGUGGAAGGGGUGGCUUACAUGCAUAAGAGGUGGUGCAUUUUGAACCCUGAGCUCAAAGAGUUGGACGAUUUGGCAAGAAACAUUGAUUACGCGUGUAGCCUUUCGGAUUGCACAGCUCUGGAGUACGGGUCUUCUUGCAACCAUCUGAGUGCACAAGGGAAUGCGUCCUAUGCCUUCAACAUGUACUAUCAGUUCAAGAAUCAGAACAGUUGGGAUUGCGACUUCUCGGGGUUGGCUGUGGUGACAGAUCUUGAUCCAUCUGAGGGUGACUGCCAAUUCCCGGUGAUGAUCACUGAAGCCCAUUCGGUGAUGCUUCUGCAUAAGAAGCUUUUGUACAUUUUACUGGCCAUUGCUCAAGGCUGCAUCGUCUUCUUGCUUCUCGUGUCUUAAUUACUGCCGCCACAUGCAUUGCAACCCAGACUUUCUUGGUUCAGUUUUGAGAUCAGAUGAUGUGAUCCAUUUAAUGCAAAGGCAGCUUAGCAUGCCUACCUUCUUAAUUACAUCACCCGUCGAUCAGUACUCGUAAUGUUCGUUUCAAGGAGGCUAGCAACGUUACUCGCCAGCUGGGCGAAAAGUUUAGUAUCUUUGUUCAUCCAUUUAAUGUCCAUGGAAAUAAGAAUAAAAGCUUUCAAUGCUCCAUUUGAUGUCCGUGGAAGGGUACAACAUCUCGCUCUUAUCCUCACCAGACGCCACUCCGGCCCUUGUUCAUGCUCAAUGCAUGCUAGCUCUUCAUGACAUUUUUGUAAUUAAUGUGAAAUCGCGGUUUCUGCCAUUAGUGUAACGUUAAUGAGCAAUAUUCCAAUUUUAAUGAGUAUUGAGAGUCUAAUAAUGAGCACCAUGUUAUUACAA